AUGAUAUUUAUCGCGUUCAUAUUUCUGAUAAAUAUAACGUUCUCCCAUAGCCUAACGUGCAAUGAAAUUUUAGUGCUGCCCGCUGAAACCAAAUUAACAAUAAAAGAGUUACAAACGAUUCAACCGAAAGAUAUGGUUCAGUGCUUGGCCUACUUGGGAAAGGAGCAGUUGCCGAAACCGGAAGCCGAGUUCAUAUGGCAAUCAAUCGUUGCAUUUUACAGUGGCAUCGCCAAUAUUCCUGAUAGCGUGCUCAUACUUCUACACUGGAUUACCACAGCGGUCACCCCGGAUGACUACGCAAACAUUACCUUUAGUAAUAUUGAUGUUAUACAGAAUUUCGGUUUGAAUUAUAACUUGGAUGCUCAGCAGCUUAUGGCUAUAGCUGAUCGGGUUCGGGAAGACUUCGCAGGAAAAGAACCUGAGGAUUACACGUAUUAUGACUUGACGGCGAUGAGACAAAUAUUAUGCGCGUUUAAUAGAAGUGAUAUAGAGAGGAUACAUCCGUCUGCUUUCAGGGAAGCAGCUAUAAUUAUUGGCAAGCUGGAGAAUUGCAGCCCUGAAGUGAUGGCAGGGUUUGCCACAUUGGCAAUCCAAAAGAAUGCCUUCGGCUCCCCGUCGACAUGGUCGGAGUAUACUAAGAAAGUGUUAGGAAAGAUCAUAGAGUUUAUGCCAGCAGAGAUUUCAAAGAAAUAUACAUCUAACUUAUAA